ACUCCUUUCCCCGUUCGUCGGUCGUCAUUUAAUGCUAAACUUUGCAUCGAUUCGGUUCGGGUUCGGUGUGUGCAUCAUCAUAUCCGGAGCGCAUUGAAUAAAGGUGAUUUUUCUUUAGCAAAAUUUGAUAUUUUCUGCUUCCGGGACGAAAGUUGCCAUUGAGUGCCACCACAGUUACGCGGAAGUGAAAAAGACAACGGAGAAAAGUGACCGCAACGGCGCCUUGUUACGGAUGGCGAAUUUACUUUUCUUCCUAUUAUAAACUGUGUAUUUUUUCCCCUCUGACAGAAAAGGUAAAUAUCGAUUGCCUUUAGUAGAACGUGCUGUGCGACCCACUUGCUAUCACAGGUGGAACCGUUCAAUUAGAAGAUCUUCAGAGUAUAGUUUUUUUCGGGAGCAAGUGGCAGAGCACCAGUUGUAGAAAAAGUGAAAACUGUCAGAAAAUUUUUCGCUAACGAAACAUCCGGAAACGGAACCGAUUGAGCAGUGACCAGUUUUGUUCGCUACGAGGAAAGAAGACAUUUAUGACCAGUGUCGGAGCUCGCACCAUGCUUUUUGAGGACCUCACAUAAACACACCGAUCAACGGAAAAUGCAUGCAUUCAGAGUGCGCCCUGGGGUACUGGUGUCCCCAUAGAUCGUCAAACAACGACCGACGAGUUACACUAGCUGUUGUUAUCCGUGCAACCGAGCCGUAGCUAAUGAUCUAACGAGAUUCUGUAAUUUGAAAGUAGUUUCAAGCGAGAUAAAAAGUGAGAUUUUCCUAAAUACGUAAACGUAGGCCAAGGUACUGCUAAUCUAGUCAUUUGCUGUUGUGCGCCAAUCGUUGUUGAUAGCAUCGAAAUUUAUGCUCCAAGAUAGUUCGCACCGUAGCUGCUUUGCCGCCCUUCGUUCACCCUGACAGCAACCCGUUAUCGGCUGUGCAUGUGUGCACACGGUGAGGCGCUAUCAGUGUGUGUAGCUGGAAAUUGUCAAGUGUUUUUUAUCUGGCGGGUGUAUUUUAAGCUCAGCUGUUGAAGUGAAGCAAUCUUGCGAGUGGGCCACCGAUAGAGCCAAAGCGGGCUGGCACGCGUUCCAGUACAUACUGCACCGGUAAUAGUGGAAAUCGAGGCAAAAUAAACGGUUUGAAGCACCGUGGUUCUAGCGGCUGUGUGCUAUUUAGGAGAAAUAAGAGCCAAAAGUGGGUGGUUGCGAGAAUUGCUAAAGUGUGUUAGAUCUUCAGUGUAGGCGUCGUCCGUGCAAUCGCAACCCAAGAAAAGUAUUAUUCUCUGUGUGCGAAUGUUUAGAUUGUUUGCAUAAUCCCGCGUAAAUCGAGCACUUUAUUGACAUCAUCAACAUGCCGGUGAAUGCCAUCGGGACCGAUCAGCUGAGUGGCAUCGAGGAAGAAUCGGACAUCUACGAAGCAUUCGCUCCACAUGUGGACACAGCUAACAUCUCGGUAUUGACCGAUACUCCCCCAGGGAAAAAGCCAAAUCUGAAGACAUUUCAAGAUGUGCAAUCACUCAUACAGCAAGGUAAGAAACGUGAAACCAAACUAGUGCUAAGAGAAAACUCGUGGCCGACCAAUUCGCCGAUUCGGUCGCAGCUAUGGCCGGCACUGUGCAGUCAGCACCACGUCGGCAAGACCAUGCUGGACGGAUUCUACUGGGACAUGGUGAACCAGGUUUUCGGAACGACGGAACUGCCGGAAAAACCGAUCAUGCUGCCACCGUUCGUCGAUUCAACCCACUGCCUGCCGUACCAUCUAACACGAAAGGGCCGAGCAGUGGCGGAUCGGGUGGUCAGCGUACUUGGCUAUGCUUGUCCCGAUAUCACCUACAGUCCCACGCUGUAUCCGAUUACGGCGAUCCUGUUACAUUUCAUGUCCGAGGAAGAGUGCUACCACUGCAUGGCGAGCUUGGUGGCACCCAAGGAUAAAGUGUUUAUCACACAGACGAAGCUACUGUACGAAGUCACCUGGAAGACUGUGAUGCAAAUUGCCAAAAAACAUGCGAAAUCCGCAGUACUGUAUUUAUCGAGAUUAUGCCCGGGCCAGAAGUCGGAACGAAUUUUCAUGGACUGGUGCUGGUGGGUGCUGGGCGGGCUUCCCUUCCCGCACCUGGUCCGGGUGAUGGACUGCUUCUUCCACGAGGGUAUUAAGGUGUUCUACCGUGUGGCGCUGGCGAUACUGAUACUGUUCCACAAGCACUCGACGGCCACCAAUUCCGAGUGGGACGCGGACACGAUCAAGAACGACAUCGACAACGCCCUGCCCAAGUUCUGCAAGAACAUCCCGGUCUCGCCGACCAAGCUGCUGCGGACGGCUUUUAGUAUAAGAGCACUUAGUUCAACCUACAUAUCUAGGAUUUUUCUUAAGACUGAAAUGGUACUGAAGAGUAAGUCAGUUCUUAGUGGUUCGAAGCAGAUGGUAAGGUCGCGUUCUAGCGAUAAUUUACCAACGAGUCAAUCACAAGUCAACGUACAAAUGAUGUCACACACGCUAACCAUUAGAGAGCUUUUUACACUUUGGUCGUGGCUGCCAGUUAGAAUAACAAUGUAUCAACCCGUACUGCUCUACACAACGGAGGAGCAUGGUUGCUCGCUGACAACGUUCUACGUACGGGUCGAACAGCACGAGCCUACGCUAUUGAUGAUCAAAACCUGUAAUAAUGAGGUAUUCGGAGCCUACUGUUCGUCACGAUGGUUCGAGCGUAAUCUUAAGGACGACCGUGGCCAGCGGCAGGCAUACUUCGGCACCGGCGAAACGUUUCUCUUCUCUCUCUAUCCCGAACGCGCAAAGUAUCCCUGGGUGGGCAUCGAGGGCGACAAACGACUCGGUCAUGGUUCGGAGCUGUUUAUGGCGGCCGAUUCCAAGAUGAUCACGAUUGGGGGCGGUGAGGGACAAGCAAUCUGGAUGGACGAGAACAUCCGUUUCGGGAAAACGGACCGCUGCCAAACGUUCAACAAUCCGCCGCUGUGCGCCACCGGGGAUUUCGAGAUCAGAGUGCUCGAAGUGUACGGUUUUGUAGAGUGUGAAUAACGGUUGAGAUAUAGAACAUAAAGAAGAGAAGAUUAUAUACCUACUAUAAUAUUACAUUGCUGACUCCUAGAAAUUAAGAAUGUUAAUUUUGUUUCGUUUUUUGAAAUGAGAUGCGAAGGCGCGUGAUGAACCAACCACAUCCAACAAUAUAAAACAUAACAAUGCUUGAAUAAAAAGCUAAUAAUUUUGUCGAUACUAAGAUAAACACACGCUACGUUUUGUUGUAUAAAUGGGUUUACGGUUGCUCCGCCAAGAGUAAGUGAUGGAACUUUUCAUCGAUGUAAAAAGGAUGUUAAUUUUUUUCAGCUUGUGAUUUAGAAGACGAAGAAGAAGAGUGGAAGAUGAUGUAUGAAUCAGUGUGUGCUGGAGUGAGGUAUGACCGGCGUUGAUACAACGAACAUAUAUAUAUAUAUAUUUGUCAAGUCACUAAUGGAUGUUGUAACAUUUAAACUUACAAUAAAUGCCAUAAUAAUUCAGCGUGAUACCAUGCGCAGAUAUGUUAUUUUCUGUUAUUGCUUAUGGGGUUGCACAGCUGCUACUGCAGUGCUGUAAUCUAUUGUGUGUUAUAGUUUUCUUGAUGUGCUACAACACUCUGCAAUUAUUAAUAGCUGUCAACAGAAUCAACUCUCUCAACAUUCCAAAAUGCGGCAUCGAUUCGAACGAAUACAACGAACUUGGUCGAUUAGCUUGUCAUGAGCAUGUAUGAAACUCAUCAUUAUAUAUAUAUUGUAAAGUUUGGAUGCUCAAAUAGUUCAUUUACAGUUUACAUUUAAAACAGUCAUUUUAUUCGGGGAAGUUUAUAAAAUUUCAAUACGAAUAGUUGUUUUAUGGCACUUGGCAGCCCUGACAGUGGGUUUGAGGUUUUUUUAAAUGUUGUUCGAUGGGCAGUAUGUUUCGUACUGAUCGACUGCUAGAAUCGCAAGUCCAAGCGUGGAUCGUUUGGUUUCAAUUCCGUUGGAGUUACAAGUUUCGAGCUGUUCAUUCCGUGUAAUUAGCUUAGUUUAGUGUUGCACUGGUGUUUUCUUUUUUGUUUUGGUACGUUCGAUGCUAAAAAAUAAAUCUUCCUAUCCUAAUCAAGGUAUCAAUCAGGUGACUCACUGAAACGAAAUAAAAUAAAGCAAAUGUGUAGACUCAAUGAGAAGUAAGAAAUCACAACCGUUAAGUGACAUCGUAUAUUCGCAAAACAGCUUGAUCAAAAUAUUACACUUAGAUUUACAAGCAAAAAUAUCAGCAUAUACUCUUCGUAUUUAGCAAUUUAAAACCAGACAAAAACAAUAAAGUUAGAGGAAAGAAAUUGGACCACACGAGAGACAGAGCCGUCGUUGGUUGGCUGCUUACCGAUGGUUGCAACCAGCAGAAGAGUAGCCUUAAGGUUGGGUACCAAAAAAUAAAGAAAUAAGCAAGAGCAAUAAUUCCCUCGAAGCCUAGGUUUGAAUUCAAUUCGAAGCGGACACCCAAGAGGAAGCAAAACUGUAAACGGGGGAGUGAAAUCGAGAAGUAGCAAGAGAUCAAAGCAUUCACGACUGUGCGCGGUUGCAGCAGGACCGGGUACAUUUAUAUCGAAGAAAAUCCAUAGGUUUUAAUAUGUGUAUAGCUUCGUCGCGCUGGUCUAAGUAAAAAUAGAAUACAACAUUGUUUUCCAUGCGUUCUGAACUAAAUCGAUGUUAACAACUCGUGUAUAACCGUUGUAUUGCAAUCAGGAGACAUUAGCAACAGAUAUCAUUAGUAAUCUUGGCAGUUUAUUAUAUAGGCUGAGUUUCCGAACUUUUAACUUUAACUGUUCUACCGAUAGUGCACGCAGUCACCUCACUAUGCUCUAAAUAUAUGAGCCAUUUAUUCAUUGAGUGUCGUUAAAAAACAAGCUGUCAACGAGCUACUUCGUAUCAGAAUCAAAUUGUGCUUGAGAAAUGUAGUAGUAAAAAGCAAAAAGCAAACUUUAGAGUACUUUUUAGUGGGUAGUUGAUUAAUUCUUCCUGUUUCGGCCGCCAGUCGGCCGGGAAAUAGACAGUUAGAAUUUCGAUGUGUGCGUGUUAUUGUAUUAUAGAAAUGAGAAAUGAACAAUGCGUCUAAAUUUACUAACGCAGUCUCAUAAAAUGACUACAGUUAUUUGUUUCCAACCGCUGCUGCAAGGACAUUGGGUAUUUAUACUGCAAUAGUAAUGCUUUAAUUACUGUACGCUAUAUAGGAAUAGAGACAGUGUUACUCAAAUUGUUGAUUUAACGAUGAAACGACAAACAAAACUCAAGCUUAGUUGUUUCUUUUGCGCGUUUUGCAAAUUGGAAUUAAGAAGGGGUCCUUACGAGAGGAAAUAAAAAUGCUACACAACGCAUAUUUGUAUAAUUUUGAAUAGCGAGAAGUAUCAGAGGUACACUUCAGUUAAUAUGCGUCUAUUAUUAUCCUACUGUGCAGGCGCGUAAUCUUUGUUAAUGUGAUUUUCUUACUAUUACGGACUAUGUUUUGUUAUAAUGUUAGCUACCUGCAUAGUGUUUGUACUAUCAUGAUUUAUUUAUAUCUAGUUUUAUUGGCGUUUCAAGAUGAUCGAAGAGAUCAC